GUUAAUUUGUAUAAUUAUUAUUAGGUUUAAAAUUAGGGUUUGUAGAUUGUGUGUGUUGUAAUUAUAAUAAUAAUAAUAAAUAAAAAUGGAUUCAGAAGAUGAUAUGCAUGAUGCGGAAUCGGUUGAUGAUGAUUUCUAUAGCGGUGAGACGGUGAUGGAUUCCGAUGACGGUGAUGCACCUGAUUACGAGUUUAUCGAUAACGAUUCCGAUGAUUCCGACGAUUUCGCAUCGCAUCGCCAUCAGCAAAACUAUAUCAUCUUGAAUGAAGCCGAUAUCCGUCUGCGCCAAGAGGAUGAUAUCAAUAAGAUAUCAUCUAUACUUUCUAUUUCAAAGAACGCAGCUGCCAUAUUGCUCCGCCAUUAUAACUGGAGUGUUAGCAAAGUGAAUGAUGAGUGGUUUGCGGAUGAAGAAAAGGUUCGCAGGCUUGUUGGUUUAUUGGAGGAGCCACGUGCACUACCCAAUGCUAAAGAGUUGACAUGUGGGAUCUGCUUUGAAGUCUAUCGUGGUGACAUUAUGCGUUCUGCUGCUUGUCGCCAUCCUUUUUGUGUGACUUGUUGGCAAGGAUACAUAAGUACUGCCAUCAAUGAUGGUCCAGGGUGCUUAAUGCUCCGAUGUCCUGAUCCAUCUUGUGGUGCAGCCGUUGGUCAAGACAUGAUUAUUUCCUUGGCCCCACAUGAUGAUCGAGAGAAGUAUCGCCGUUACUUUCUUAGAUCCUUUGUAGAAGACAAUAGAAAGACAAAAUGGUGUCCUGCUCCUGGUUGCGACUAUGCUGUGGACUUCAUUGUUGGUGGUGGAACCUUUGAUGUUACCUGCCGCUGCUCAUACAGCUUUUGCUGGAAUUGUACAGAGGAAGCUCACAGGCCAGUUGAUUGUGACACAGUCUCAAAAUGGAUUAUGAAGAACAGUGCAGAGUCUGAAAACAUGAAUUGGAUAUUGGCUAAUUCAAAACCAUGUCCCAAGUGCAAACGGCCAAUUGAGAAGAACCAAGGAUGUAUGCAUAUUACAUGUACACCACCUUGCAAGUUUGAGUUUUGCUGGCUUUGCCUUGGUGCAUGGUCUGAUCAUGGUGAAAGGACAGGAGGAUUUUAUGCAUGCAAUCGUUAUGAAGCAGCAAAACAAGAGGGAGUGUAUGAUGACACAGAAAAGCGACGGGAGAUGGCAAAAAACUCAUUAGAAAGAUACACUCAUUACUAUGAAAGAUGGGCUACAAACCAAUCGUCUAGACAAAAGGCUUUGGCAGAUCUUCAGCAGAUGCAAAACGUACAACUUGAGAAACUGAGUGACAAGCAGUGCCAGCCUGAAUCACAGCUUAAGUUCAUAACAGAAGCCUGGUUACAGAUAGUUGAAUGUAGACGAGUACUAAAGUGGACUUAUGCUUAUGGAUAUUAUUUGCCAGAGCAUGAGCAUGCCAAGAGGCAGUUCUUUGAGUACUUGCAAGGUGAGGCAGAAUCUGGGUUGGAACGACUUCAUCAAUGUGCGGAGAAGGAACUACAAAUUCACCUGAAUGCCGACGGUCCAUCAAAGGAGUUCAAUGAGUUUCGUAUGAAACUGGCUGGGCUGACCAGUGUGACCCGCAAUUACUUUGAGAAUCUAGUAAGGGCUCUAGAGAAUGGUCUCUCUGAUGUCGAUGCCCAUGGUGGAACCAGCCGAGCAAGUGGUUCACGAGGCUUAGGAGCUGGUAGUAGCAAGAGUCGAAAUAGUAGGAGCAAAGGAACUGCAGCAACAUCCAGAUCAAGUGGUUCAAGAAACAUAGAUGAUUCUGGACAUUGGUCAUGCGAAUACUGUACAUUUGCAAAUGCCAAAUCAGCCACCGUGUGCCAAAUGUGUCAGCAACGCCGAUAAGUUAUAUCCCAAUCAUCAAGGAUUUUAUGGCUCGUUAGAUCUUGCAAAUGGAAGAAGCAAAAAAAAAAAAGAGAGAGAGAAAACCCAUAGAGAUGAAGAAGAAAGAACUACAUAUCUUCUACUAGUGUUGUAUGUAUAUAUGUUGUAUUUGUAUUGUAUUCUUGUUCAUGUUUUUUAAAGGUUUCAUGUAUCUUAAUAUUAAAAUUAGACAAUUAUACAUUUAGUAUGAGUCCGUCUACUUGUGCUUAAAAUAGAAAUUGUAAAACUGGCUUGUCGUUAAGUUGGGAAAGUUGACGAUGGUGUAUUGUUGGGAGUGUUUUUUAGUACAUGGUUGUUGGCGAACACUUUCUUCUGUCAAA